AUGGAUGAAGAGAGCUUGACCCUCAUGAUCGCUCAGAUUUAUGCCAAGCAUGAUGCAUGUCCACAUUUAUGGACAGGAACUCUUUGGAGGCAGCCAGAAGGUCAGUUGGCAGGAGUCAAGGCUUUGCUUCCUCUCUAUAGUGCCCCCACAGAGGUCGAGCUGAGCAUCUUGGACUCUCUACCCCAUGCCAGCAUCCUCACUCUGCACGGUCAAUGCUACGAUAACAGCGGAGAUCCCGAAUCCCGGGUCACAGCGAUGCUGGAGCUGGGAUCCCCCCUGGAGAUGAUUCAGCUUCUGCAGACCCCCUGGGAGGAGAGAUUUAAAAUUUGCCUGAGCCUUGUGAAACUGCUGUUUUACUUGGCACAUUCCCCCCUGGGUUCAAUAGUCCUCUUGGAUUUCCAGCCGAGGCAGUUUGUUAUGGUGGAUGGAAACCUAAAAGUGACAGACAUGGAUGAUGCCAGCAUUGAGGAGCUGUCAUGCAAAGAAGAUAAUGACUGCACACUCAACUUCCCUACAAAAAGCUUCCCUCUCAAAUGCUCUGCAGUUGGGAAAUGUGAAGGAAUAAAUGAAAAGAAGAAUCUUUUCAAUGCAUAUCGGUAUUUUUUCACCUAUCUUUUGCCACACUCUGCACCACUGGCUCUGCAGCCCUUUUUGACUGAUAUUCUGAAUGCAACAGGUGAUUUACGAUAUGGAAUAAAUGAAACGCUGAGAGCUUUUGAAAAGGUUUUACAUCUGUACAAGUCAGGGCUCUAUCUGCAGAAAAGACCUCUUCUUCUAAAAGACUACAUCUCCCUAAAGGGCUUCCGAACAGUGGAAGGAGAAGACUACAAGUGCUGGCCCUCCUAUAGCCACCUGGGAUGCUUGCUCUCCAUUCACAGUGCUGAGGAAGCUGCUGCAAUUUGUAAUUCCCAAUCACAGUGUCAAAGUUUUAUUGUCACCCAGCAGAGGACAUGGACAGGACGCCCACUCGCCUCGUUUCAGAGUAGCCCGACUGAUUUAAUACCAGAUGCUAAUGCUGUAGUCUAUAUUAAAAGAUCAGCUUCCUUAGGGGAAAGACUUUUAAGACAAUGA